AUGCGCUGCAUCUGCUCGCGUAUAUUCCUCAGUUACCUCAUAAUAUGGAUUGCUUUGCUCGAUCAGCUGACUGCGAUCCUGUUUGCUGCUGUAAAUGCACAGACUCGUGAGGAGGUCGCUAUCAAGAAGAUUGGUAAUGCGUUUGACAACCAGAUCGAUGCCAAACGCACUUUGCGAGAAGUAAAGCUGCUUCGCCACAUGAAUCAUGAGAAUGUGAUUUCAAUAAAGGACAUCAUACGCCCAACAAGGCGGGAGAACUUCAACGAUGUUUACAUUGUCUACGAACUGAUGGACACUGAUCUUCACCACCUUCUAAGAUCAAACCAGCCACUCACAGAUGAUCACUGUCAGUAUUUUCUCUACCAAGUGCUCCGAGGAUUGAAGUAUGUGCAUUCAGCAAAGGUCUUGCACCGGGACCUCAGGCCGAGCAACCUGCUGCUCAAUGCCAAGUGUGAACUCAAGAUUGGAGAUUUUGGCUUGGCUAGGACCACCACUGAGACUGACUUCAUGAUGGAGUAUGUUGUUACUCGGUGGUACAGGGCGCCGGAGCUCCUGCUCAACUGCUCGGAGUAUACUGCAGCAAUUGAUAUCUGGUCAGUGGGUUGCAUCCUCGGUGAGAUUGCUAUGAGGGAGCCACUGUUUCCUGGAAAAGAUUAUGUUCAUCAGCUGAGGCUAAUUACUGAGCUGAUAGGCUCACCAGAUGACACGAGCCUUGGGUUUCUUCGAAGUGAUAAUGCCCGCAGAUACGUGAGGUCUCUUCCUCAAUACCCGAAACAGCAUUUUGGUUCACGGUUCCCCAGUAUGUCCACUGGCGCCAUGGAUUUGCUUGAGAGGAUGCUCGUAUUUGAUCCGAGCAAGAGGAUUACUGUUGAUGAGGCUCUAUGCCAUCCUUAUUUAGCAUCCCUUCAUGAGAUAAAUGAUGAACCUGUCUGCCCAGCGCCUUUCAGCUUCGACUUCGAGCAGCCAUCAUUUACUGAGGAAGAUAUCAAAGAACUCAUUUGGAGGGAGGCUCUCAAGUUCAACCCGGAACCAAUUCACUGA